GGUGCUGCGCGGCGGCCGGCAGUGAUGGCUGGUGGCGGCGGGGCCGGGAAGGGGACCGGGGCCGCGGCCCGGGAGAGGGCCAGCUGCCGGGAGCCCUGAAUCACCGCCUGGCCCGACUCCACCAUGAACGUCGCGCUGCAGGAGCUGGGAGCUGGCAACAACAUGGUGGAGUACAAACGGGCCACGCUUCGGGAUGAAGACGCAACCGAGACCCCGGUAGAGGGCGGGGCCUCCCCGGACGCCAUGGAGGUGGGCAAGGGGGCUUCCCCUUUCUCACCAGGCCCCAGCCCUGGCAUGACGCCUGGCACACCCAGGAGCUCUGGGCUGUUCUGGAGGGUCACCUGCCCCCACCUCCGCUCCAUCUCUGGCCUCUGCUCUAGGACUAUGGUGGGAUUCCAGAAGGGGACAAGAGAGCUGUUAGGCUCACGCACGCAGCUGGAGCUGGUCUUGGCAGGUGUCUCUCUACUGCUGGCUGCACUGCUUCUGGGCUGCCUUGUGGCCCUGGGGGUCCAGUACCACAGAGACCCAUCCCACAGCACCUGCCUUACAGAGGCCUGCAUUCGAGUGGCUGGAAAAAUCCUGGAGUCCCUGGACCGAGGGGUGAGCCCCUGUGAGGACUUUUACCAGUUCUCCUGUGGGGGUUGGAUUCGGAGGAACCCCCUGCCCGAUGGGCGUUCUCGCUGGAACACCUUCAACAGCCUCUGGGACCAAAACCAGGCCAUACUGAAGCACCUGCUUGAAAACACCACCUUCAACUCUAGCAGUGAAGCUGAGCGGAAGACACAGCGCUUCUACCUAUCUUGCCUACAGGUGGAGCGCAUUGAGGAGCUGGGAGCCCAGCCACUGAGAGACCUCAUUGACAAGAUUGGUGGUUGGAACAUUACAGGGCCCUGGGACCAGGAUAACUUUAUGGAGGUGUUGAAGGCAGUAGCAGGGACCUACAGGGCCACCCCAUUCUUCACCGUCUACGUCAGUGCCGACUCUAAGAGUUCCAACAGCAAUGUUAUCCAGGUGGACCAGUCUGGGCUCUUUCUGCCCUCUCGGGAUUACUACUUAAACAGAACUGCCAAUGAGAAAGUGCUCACUGCCUAUCUGGACUACAUGGAGGAGCUGGGGAUGCUGCUGGGUGGGCGGCCCACCUCCACGAGGGAGCAGAUGCAGCAGGUUCUGGAGUUGGAGACACAACUGGCCAACAUCACAGUGCCCCAGGACCAGCGGCGCGACGAGGAGAAAAUCUAUCACAAGAUGAGCAUUUCGGAGCUGCAGGCUCUGGCGCCCUCCAUGGACUGGCUUGAGUUCCUGUCUUUCUUGCUGUCACCAUUGGAGUUGAGUGACUCUGAGCCUGUGGUGGUGUAUGGGAUGGAUUAUUUGCAGCAGGUGUCAGAGCUCAUCAACCGCACAGAACCAAGCAUCCUGAACAAUUACCUGAUCUGGAACCUAGUGCAAAAGACAACCUCAAGCCUGGACCGACGCUUUGAGUCUGCACAAGAGAAGCUGCUGGAGACCCUCUAUGGCACUAAGAAGUCCUGUGUGCCGAGGUGGCAGACCUGCAUCUCCAACACAGAUGACGCCCUUGGCUUCGCUUUGGGCUCCCUCUUCGUGAAGGCCACAUUUGACCGGCAAAGCAAACAAAUUGCAGAGGGGAUGAUCAGCGAAAUCCGGACUGCAUUUGAGGAGGCCCUAGGACAGCUGGUUUGGAUGGAUGAGAAGACCCGCCAGGCAGCCAAGGAGAAAGCAGACGCCAUCUAUGAUAUGAUUGGUUUCCCAGACUUUAUCCUGGAGCCCAAAGAGCUGGAUGAUGUUUAUGAUGGGUACGAAGUUUCUGAAGAUUCUUUCUUCCAAAACAUGUUGAAUUUGUACAACUUCUCUGCCAAGGUGAUGGCUGACCAGCUCCGCAAGUCACCCAGCCGAGACCAGUGGAGCAUGACCCCCCAGACAGUGAAUGCCUACUACCUUCCAACUAAGAAUGAGAUCGUCUUCCCCGCUGGCAUCCUGCAGGCCCCUUUCUAUGCUCGCAACCACCCCAAGGCCCUGAACUUUGGUGGUAUCGGUGUGGUCAUGGGCCACGAGUUGACACAUGCCUUUGAUGACCAAGGGCGCGAGUAUGACAAAGAAGGGAACCUGCGGCCUUGGUGGCAGAAUGAGUCACUGGCAGCCUUCCGGAACCACACAGCCUGCAUGGAGGAACAGUACAAUCAAUACCAGGUCAAUGGGGAGAGGCUCAACGGCCGCCAGACGCUGGGGGAGAACAUUGCCGACAACGGGGGUCUGAAGGCUGCCUACAAUGCUUACAAAGCAUGGCUGAGAAAGCAUGGGGAGGAGCAGCAGCUGCCAGCAGUGGGGCUCACUAACCAUCAGCUCUUCUUCGUGGGAUUUGCCCAGGUGUGGUGCUCGGUCCGCACACCAGAGAGCUCUCACGAGGGGCUGGUGACCGACCCCCACAGCCCUGCCCGCUUCCGCGUGCUGGGCACUCUCUCCAACUCCCGUGACUUCCUGCGGCACUUCGGCUGCCCUGUCGGCUCCCCCAUGAACCCGGGGCAGCUGUGUGAGGUGUGGUAGACCUGGAUCAGGGGAGAAACGGCCGGCUGUCACCAGACCUGGGGCAGCUCUCCCGACAAAGCUGUUUGCUCUUAGGUUGGGAGGAAGCAGAUACAAGCUGGGCUGGGUCUAGUCCCUCCCCACCACAGGCGACACGAGUACAGUCCCUCACUCCCCACCACAGGUGACACAAGUACAGUCCCUCCUCAAUCACCACAUUGUGCCUCUGCUUUGGGGGUGCCCCUGCCUCCAGCAGAGCCCCCACCA